AUUCUUUUCAGUGAUCUAACCUCAACACUUUGUAAACAUUCAUGGUUUUAAGCCCUAUUUUUUAUCAGGACAUUUUCUUAACUGAUGGAUCAAUCAGAAGAUGCACCAACUGAAGAAAAGGAGUUUUGUGUGGAAAUAGCAAAGCAAGGUCGGGCAACAUGUAAAAAAUGUAAACAAAAAUGCCUUAAAGAUGAAAUUAGAAUUGCUAAAUUAGUACAUAAUCCAUUUGGUGAUGGAAAAAUGAAGAGUUGGCAUCAUUUAGAAUGUAUGUUCGAAACAUUUCUCAAGCAAAGACCCACAACUAAGAGAAUUGAGUCGAUAGACGAUAUAGAUGGUUUCAACUUGUUGUCUUCAGAUUCACAAGAACUCUUGUUGCAAAGAAUUGAAAAAUCUAACAAUGAUAUAAGAGACAAAUAUGGAUCAAAAGUUGACAUUCCUAAGAAACCUAAAGUAGAAAUCUCAAAGGUUCCUGUGGGAGCUGCUAACCUAACGUCAUCAAAUCCUAUUAAGAAAUCGAAGCCUUAUCCGUUCAAGGACUUUAGAAGAUUAGUUGCCCAAAUUACAAACGUAAAUGGUUACUUGGAAAAAACUGAAAUAGUUAGUAACUUAUUCAAAAAAGGGAGUGAUGGUGAUGGAUUUCAAGGAGAUAUCCAUUUAUGGUGCAAACUUCUUUUACCUGGAGUUGUGAAACGCAUUUACAACUUGCAGAGUAAACAGUUAGUAAAAAUAUUCAGUAAAAUUUUUAAAACUAACCAAAGUAAAAUGCUUGAACAUUUAGAACAAGGUGAUAUUGGAGAAACUAUUCAGCAAUUCUAUGAAUCAAGUUCUGUUGUUCAACCUGUGAAGAAAAGUAACCUCACUGUGGAAGAAGUAGAUGAAUUUUUAGAAGAACUUAGUAAACUGACGAAAGAGGAAGAACAAAUAUCUCAUUUUCUCAGUAUUUUAAAAAGUUGCACCUCAAACGAUCUCAAAAUUAUAAUUAGACUUAUAAAACAUGAUUUGAGGAUGAAUGCAGGUGCGAAACAUAUUUUAGAUGGUGUGCAUCCUGAUGCAUAUACUGCUUAUCAGUCAUCAAGAGAUUUGGCUACAGUUUUAGAGAAAUGUUUAUCAGGUGAAGGAAAGCCAUUGAAUGCACCAAAAGUGGUUUCCGCUAAAAUUAAUGUGAUGACACCUGUUCUGCCCAUGCUAGCUGAAGCUUGCAAGUCAGUAGAAAUGGCUAUGAGUAAAUGUCCUAAUGGAAUGUACUCUGAAAUAAAAUAUGAUGGUGAAAGAGUUCAAGUUCAUAAGAAAGGUUCUGAAUUUAAAUACUUCUCGAGAAGUUUGAAGCCUGUGAUGCAACAUAAAAUUGCUCACUUGAAAGAUUAUAUCCCAAAAGCUUUUUUGACAGGGAAUGAUUUAAUAUUGGAUAGUGAGAUAUUAAUGAUUGAUAUAGAAACACAGGCACCAUUACCAUUUGGUAGUUUGGGCAAGCAUAAAAGAGACGAAUAUGAAAACGCUAGUGUUUGUUUAUAUGUUUUUGAUUGUCUUUAUUAUAAUGGUGAGGAUUUAACAAAAAAACCUAUUGAACUAAGAAAGAAAAUACUAAGAGAAAAUAUGACUGAAGUAAAAAAUCAUAUUGUGUUUUCCGAAAGUAAAGUUGUACACAAGCCAUCCCAACUAAAAGAAAUGAUGAUCAAAGUUUUCAAACUAGGAUUAGAAGGUUUAGUUCUGAAAGAUUUGAAGAGCAUUUAUGAACCUGGCAAAAGGCAUUGGUUGAAGGUGAAGAAAGAUUAUCUUUUCGACGGAGCUAUGGCAGAUACAGCGGAUUUAAUCGUUCUUGGGGCUUGGUAUGGAACAGGAAAAAAAGGUGGAAAAAUGUCAGUAUUCUUAAUGGGUUGCUAUGAUGAAAGAAGAAAAAAAUUUUACACUGUCACUAAAGUACAUACUGGUCUUGACGACAAAACUUUAGAUGAUCUUCAGAAUAAGUUAGAUAUGAUCAAAAUAAGUUCAAAUCCUUUAAAAGUUCCUGAGUGGCUUAUAUGCAACCGAACUAUGGUACCUGAUUUUGUAGCAAGAGAUCCCAAGAAUCAGCCAAUCUGGGAAAUAACAGGUGCUGAGUUCACUCAACAUGAGGUUCAUACAGCAGAUGGUAUAUCGAUCAGGUUUCCAAGAAUAACAAAACGACGAGAUGAUAAGGAUUGGAAAACCGCUACAUCGCUCGAAGAACUCAAGAAAUUAUACGAAAAAUCCAAAGAACAUACUGAUGUUACACUUCUUUUAAAAAAUGACAAAAAUCUUAACUCUGAGGAAUCUCCACCAUUAGAAAACUCAAGUGAUAGUUUAAAUAAUCAUACAGAUUGUGAUUCAAGUUCAACAAGUAACAACAGUUCCAAAGAUUCAACAAAAAAAAGGAAACAUAAUGAUAGCCCUGAAGUAAGAAAGAAACAAAAGACGAAAAAAUUAUUCCAGGAAGUAAAGAAUGAAGAAAAUGGCAUACAUUACUUUGAAGGUGUGAAACUUUACAUAGAAGAAGAGGCGAAAACACUUUUUGAAAAUUGGAACAAAAAUUUUUCUUCAUAUGGUGGAAUGUUGUUGAAACCAAAUGAAAUGCAUAAGGCAACCCACGUCUUACAUAUGAACAGAUUUGUCAAAAGUGUCAACAGAAGUUAUCCUGUUAGUGCAAGACACGUUUUAUUUAAUUGGUUAGAUGAUACGGUGAAGGAAAAUCGUUUGCAGGAUUACAGAUUGUACACAGUAAAAUGGAGGCCUGAUCUUUGAUAAAAUUAUUUACAUCUGCCUCAGAAAUGUAGUGUGGAAAAUAAAAAUCCAAACAAAUUUGGUACUGAAAUUGUAAAUAAUAUUAAUAAUUUUGGGUUAACCUAGUAAAGUAUCCAUUUUGCUACCCAAAUUGUAAAUAACUUAAAUAACCUUGGAUUUACAUAUGAAAUAAUCUAUUCUAGAUGGAAAAGGAGAAUAAUUAGUGAAUAUUUAUUAGUUCUUUUUACCUUAAAUAAUUUAAUUCCUAUUCAAUACAGAUUGUUGAGUUUUAA